CUGAGAUAAGUGUACGGUUCGGUGCGGCGUGCAUACUCGGAGGGUCGACUGGCUGUGUUCGAAUCGUCAAUCUAGAGCCUGAAAAAUUCUAUCCGCCACCACUGACAAUAUGCUGUCAAUUAACUAAUUAAUGGUCAAGGGAUAUCUUCCAGCCGCUUGACAAGGAUUUUUAACAACACGCAUGAUUGGGUCAUCCAGGCACAACGACAUCAGUACAGACCGAAUCACCAGACGACGUGAAUCAGCCAUCAGUUAUAAGCAGCCAACUCGACCUUUUAUCAGAGCGCCUGAUGAACGUAGGAACGGGUAAGAGAGCACCAGCCAGAAGAGUCAACCAACAUAUGAUGCCAGAGGACUCUGACGAAGAAAGCGAUGCGGGACACUCCCCAGUAUCAAACUCCCCGCCACCUCAAUCUUCCUGCUCUCAAGCUGUGGCAUCUAGGCCAUUAUGCAGCGGACUGAUCAACGCUCGAGUAGACUUGGAAAUGAAGAGUUUAUGGGAAGAGUUUCACGGGCUCGGCACAGAGAUGAUAGUGACGAAGGCGGGAAGACGCAUGUUUCCAACAUUUCAAGUGCGCCUUCAAGGUCUGGACCCGUCGGCUAAGUACAUCCUAAUGAUGGACUUCAUACCAGUCGACGAUAAACGUUAUCGGUACGCUUUUCACAGUUCCAAGUGGCUGGUGGCAGGCAAAGCAGACGCCAGUGUACCCGGGAGAGUACACAUUCACCCUGACUCACCCUGCACUGGACAGCAAUGGAUGAAACAGAUCGUGUCUUUUGACAAACUUAAACUCACCAACAACCUUAUGGAUGACAACGGGCAUAUCAUCCUUAACUCAAUGCACAAGUACCAGCCAAGAUUUCACGUGAUUCUUGACGAAUCGGAGAAAGGAAAUUCCAGGGCGAGUCUCCAUGAAACCAACAAGGACCAUCUACGAACGUUUAUCUUCCCUGAGACACAGUUCAUGGCCGUCACAGCUUAUCAGAAUCACAUGAUAACACAGCUGAAGAUCGCCAGCAAUCCAUUUGCCAAAGGGUUCCGAGAUUGUGACCCGGAUGACUGUGUUAUGGAAGUCAUGAAACAACUUGACCAGGGAGAAAUCUCUGCGACCGCUCGUGCCAGGUUACAUGGGGACAUGGUAUCUCAAAGAAAUGAACCUCAAGUACCUCGGCCUCAGGCUCCCCGGCCAGUGCCUCCUGUCAGCGCUGUAAAUCCAGCCUUCACCUAUCCAGGUCCGUAUGAAAAUAGAGGAACUCCGCUGACGCACAUACCCAGAAAUCUCCCGAACUCUUCGCCUCCCGGAGGAUAUCUACCUAUGAUGCCUCAAAUGAUGGGCCACGUGGGCCCUAACCCGAUGUCGCCGACUUCUCCGACGAGCCCUGGAUAUGGCCAGCGCACAUAUCAAUCAUUACGCAUGCACAGGACAAUGCCAUAUCCCACAAGGCAAAGCAGGUCUUCUUCAAGCGAUGAAAGUUGCCCAUAGAAACACACCUGAAGUUUAAUACAUUGAAUUAAAGCCGAAUCUCACGAAAAGAAUUUGCAGUUAUAAUAACAUUUUCUUUAACGAAUGUAAAAGGCUAAAAGGUGAUGCUUGUACAUAAACAAAGACAAUUGAAAUAUACGGCAUAUUGCAUCUUUUUUCAAACAA